AUGUAUAGACAAUUAAUUGUUAAUGAUGAUUCUAUUAAUAAUGAGAUAAAAAAAAUAAUUAAUAAAGAUAAACAUUCUUUAAAUGAUAUUAAAGAUAAUAUUAUAAAAGAUGAUAAAAAUGAAAAUGAAAAGGAUAAUAAAAAGGUUGAUGUUUUGGACAAUUCUAAAUUUGUUAAUCUUGAUGUUAAUGAUGAUGACAAUGAAACCCAAUUCAUUUUCAUUUUAAAAGAACAAGAAAUUAAUAAUGGAAGAAUGAGACAAAUAAAUAUUAAGAAUGCAUCAAAUUGUGCCAAUUGUAAUAGUCCAUUAAUAGAAGGUGUUUUAUCAAAAAAUCGUAUUUAUUGUGUUCCAUAUGGUACAUGUUAUGAUAUUCGUACAGGAUAUUUAGAAGAAUAUCCUGGAUUAUAUUCACAAAAUACUUUUAAAACUAUUGUUAAAAAUGGUAAAAUUUUUAUAGAAACAAAAUUUUAUAUGUUAUCAGUUAAUAAAAAAGAAAGACCAAUGUAUAAAUAUAUAUUUAAGAUGUCAAAUGAAAAUACAAUUAUUAUUGGAUCAGGAAUUGCUGCUGUAACUUGUGCUGAAGUAUUAAGACAAAAUGGUUAUAAAGAUUCAAUUAUUUUAUUAACAAAAGAUAAUACAUUACCUUUUGCUAGAUUUUUAUUAUCAACAAAUCCAAAUAUUAGUGAUGAUGAAAUAUUAUUAAGAGAAAAAACUUUUUAUAAUGAUUAUGGUAUUGAUAUUCGUUUAAAUACAAAAGUAAUUAAAGUUGAUGUAACAAGUAAAAUAGUAUAUUGUGAUAAUGAAAAAAGUUUUGAAUAUUCUAAUCUUGUUAUUGCAACAGGAACAGCAUUAAAAAAAAUUGUUAUUCCUGGUUCAUUACUUGAAAAUGUUUUAUAUUUUAAAAAUCCUGAUGAUGCAAAAUUAAUUUAUGAUAGUUCAAAAAAUAAACAUGUAUCAAUUUUAAAUUGUACACCAAAUAUUAUAACAUUAUCAACAAUUUUAAAAAAAUAUGCAAAAAGUAUUACAAUUUAUAAUAAAGAAAAUAUUCUUUUUAAAGAAGGUGGGAAAAGUUUUAAUGAAGAACUUAUAAAAUAUUUGGAAAAUGUUUGCCAUAUUAAUGUAAGAUUAAAUGAUUCAAUUAGAAUUAUUGAAGGUGAAACAAAAGUUAAACAUCUAGUUCUUAGUAGUGGGAAUUGUGCUGUAAGUAAUAUAGUUAUUCCAUAUAAUGGUGAAAUAGCUUGUUCAUCAUUUAUGUUAGGAGCUAAACUUAAAACCACUUCUGAUAGUUAUAUUGAAGUUAAUGAAAAUAUGAAGACAAAUAUUCCAAAUGUUUAUGCAAUUGGUGAUUGUUCAUUUUCAGAUAAAUAUAAAAGUAAUAGUUUUAGAAAUUCUUGGCAAUUAGCACAAAUUGAAGGAAAAAUUUGUGCAAUGAAUAUUUUAAAUAAAGAAAUGAUAAAUUUUAAUAAAGAAGUACAAUUAUUUUGGUUUAAUAUAGAAAAUAAGAUGGUUGUUUUUGUUCAUAAAAUUUUUAUAAAUGAUAAUGAACCAUUAUCAAGAGGUUCAUUUGAGACAAAUGACUUUAUUACAUAUUUUUUUGAUAAAAAUUUUCUUAUUGGUGUAAUAUGUUUUGGUGAUGUUACACCUGCGAUUCAAAUAUUUGCAUGUUUUAAAAAGAAUAUUUGUAUAACAAAAGAAGAAGUUCAAAUAAUGAAAAAAAAUAAUUGGAGUUAUAAAUUAAUUUAA